AUGACAAAGGAAGCUAUGGAGGUGACCAAAGUUGCUGGCCUGAGUCGCGAGGCCGUCGCCGCGUUAGCCCGUAGGCUGCAUGUUCGCCUGGCGUGGGCAUGUACCGGUCGCGCUAUAUUAUCGCGUAAGCCGCGCUUUCGUCGCGCGAAUGCCGUGAUCUUAAGUAUGUCGGUUGGGUUACAGCGGCGUUGGUGGACAUCGAGUCCCGCCUCCCGCGGCAUCGCAGCCCGCGCCGCCCUGGGGCUUCGCCCCUCGCGUCUCGCCGCGCGCGUUCGGAGCCCUCGCUCCUGUAGAGAACGGAGUAUUAGAGCUGCCACAAGAAUGUCGUCCCGUCGUAACGGCUCCGUGUCUCGGGCCGCGGAGGCAGCCUCCAAGAACAGGCUGCACAUGGACAGGAACCCGCAGCACUCUAGGAUAACUGAUCCGUCAAACCCAGCGGGACGUAGGAAGGAGAUUGACAAUGUUAUGAAGAGAGCGAGACAAGCCUCGCCCGGUAGCUGGGAUAGAAAACUACUCGAGGUUGAGGAGAAAGAUCCCAACAGAUGGCGCCACAGUGGCUACAAGCAAUUGUACCUCGAGGGUGCUUCGCCCCGCCGCUCGCGCAGCCCCGGCAAACGGUCUAGGUCUCCAAUAAAUCGUCGUUCCAGAUCUCCAAUAGUUCGUCGUUCAAGGUCUCCGGUGGGGCGCUCCCCACGGAAAUCGCGCUCCCGGAGCCAAAGACGAAGCCCUAGACGAAGUCCGAGGCGAAGCCCUGUCAGACGCAGCCCUAUCCGUCGUCGUCGGAGCCCCAGCCCUCGCACACGGCGCGCUAGGCCUCCGCCCCCCGCCCCGCCGCGAGGGGCGCGCCCUCCCAGCCCGCCCGCUCCUAGAAAGUCGUCACCGUCUGGAUCCUCAGCCAGUAGCUGUUCCGAUGAAUCCUGCUCGGUUUGCUCGGCAAAGAACAAGAAAACUGCCCCACCAACUAAGAAUGUGAAACCGGGUCCACGUAAGUCACCAUCACCUAAACGACCUCGCGCCGUUCAACCAACACGGGAACUGUUGCAAGCUAGAGAAAGCAGCAAACGGAGUCGGGAGGAAAAGGUAUUAGAAUGGCAGCGAUCCCAACUAGCUGUCCGAGCAGCCCCAAUUCCUGUGUCUCACAUCAAACGCGAGGGCGAGAGACGUGUGCGGCGCCCUAGAUCAAGGGGCGUGUCCCCCGCGGCCAUCGCAGCAGCCCUAGCUGAUAGUGAUUCGGACACUGAUAGUGAUGCCAGCGAAGAACCUACCACACAGAGAUUAACUCUAUCGGAGCGGUUCGGCAAAAUGGCGCAGUGGUCGGCCGCUAGAUGUGCGAGACUUGAAAACAUGAAGAUUACUAGAAGAGAGAGCACCUUACACGUGCAUAUAGAACGAGACGAAGAAUCGGCUGUUAGGGACGCUGUGGCUGAAGAAUAUCCAGGUCUAGACCCAGCGCCAGUUGGCAGUUAUCCCGAGGAACUUUUAUCAGCAGCCCCUGGAGGUCUGCCUUCAUGGGAUGAUGUGAGGGUCAGAUAUGACUACUAUAAGAAGAGGGGCUACUUACGAGGCUUAACUCUCGGUGACUACGUGAAGUGGGAGGAGUGGUGGUACAAGUACCAGGAGUGGCUCAAGAGGGAACGGGCUUAUGAACGAUGGGCCGAAGGAGAUGGAACUGUGACUGUGAGUGUAUAUAUACAGCCACGGGCAAAAGUAUUAGGCACCCUACAAGUCGUCGUGAGCGUCGUCGCCGCGGAGGUCGCCACCGGCGCAGCUGAGGGCGCGCGGCCCCCGCGGCCGUCCUCUGUGUGGACCUGGCCGCGGGGGCCGCCCUCCGAUAAGGGAAGGGCGACCUUUAACCUUACGCUGGUCAGUAUAUAG